AUGAUCAUAUCGGUCACAAAAUUGUCACCGACAAUUAUACGUAUAAAUGAAGGGGAAUGACCAAAAUCGUGCAUCGUCCCAACCGACGAGAUACGGAUACAUCACACCCCACAAGGCAUUUAAAAAACACUCCAGAUUAUCACAUUGUCUUCGUUAAAGAGAUUUAGUUUCAACAUCGCGCAACAGGAGGCCAAAAUUAGUUGAGUCGUGAAUAACACAACGAAUGAAAUUCAAUUGAUGCUCGUAAGUUUUUCGGUGCGUGAUCGAGCGUGAAUCGCGCAGACGAGGCGGCGCGAUUUUCUUAGUUUCUCCAUUUCGGCAGGAUGCAGCGCAGUCGAUCUAACGAUGAAACGCAAUUUCGAAGAUGCGGGAGGCAAGGGUGACUGCGUGCUUCCUGGGACGAGAAGAUCGAUAGAAUACAUGCGCGCCCGGCCACGUCGCGACGCGCACGAGUUCUCUACGCAAUCUGUGUUCUGCGAACGUCUGCCUUGGAGUUGUGCGUUUUUUCGCGAGGUGCGGUCGGGCGCUUUGUGACGGUUUGUGACGCUUGCGACGCUUGCCAUCAAGUCGUACCGUCGACGAAACGUCCGCGAAACGCGUUAAGCUUCCUAUCAGUGCUAUCGGAACAUCACGCAUCGCCGUCCGCGACGGAAUUAAUAUCUAUCAGCGCACACUGACCUAGAAACGCUAAACUUUACGGGACGUCAUCGUUGACAUCGUUUGUCACCCUCCCCCCCCCUGAUAACAGAUCCGUAAUUACGAUGCAAGCGGAGAAGAGUGAUACCGACACUGAGAAAAACGAGACCCUCAACGAUGUAACAACCUCGGUUGCGAAUGAGGUGACAAAUUUGAAGAUAGAAGAUGGUUCAACGAGUUCGACACCGAGUAGUCCUGGUAGCACUGAACCAGGUAGCUUUUUAGCGAGCUUUAAAGCGUUCUCGAAAUUCGGUGAUCCAAAAAGCGACGGCAAACUGAUUACGUUAAGUCAAAGUGACAAAUGGAUGAAGCAAGCGAAAGUGAUCGAUGGAAAGAAAAUUACUACCACCGACACGGGAAUUUACUUCAAAAAGCACAAAUCCACAAAGCUCGGUAUCGAACAAUACAAAACGUUUCUUGAAGAAUUGGCUAAAAGUAAAAAAGUGGAAUUAGCGGAAAUAAAGAAGAAGAUGGCUAAUUGUGGACCACCUGGGUUUACCGGGGGCGCUAGUGGAGUUGGAAAAGCAGCGUCAACAAUUGAUAGACUUACCGAUGUCAGCAAAUAUACCGGUUCUCACAAGCAACGUUUUGAUGAGACAGGAAAAGGUAAAGGCAUAGCAGGUCGAAAGGAUAUAGCAGACACAUCCGGAUACGUUCAAGGCUAUCAAAAUAAAGAUACGUAUAAAGGCCAGUAGUACUCAUCUACUCUAAUAAUAAAUAUCUUUAAAAUCAUGCUGUUAAAAUCGCGUCUGAGCGCAGUAUGCACAUUCAAAUAAUCGCUACUCGUUGUUAGCGAACUGAAUUUCUUUACUGUUUCAUCAGCGAUCUGACAGAUGUAUCUUGAAUCUCAAUUUCACAAAAUUUCAUCUUUGAAAUGUAUACUAAGAUAGCAAUAUCGUAAUUAAGAACUUUUGGCAAAAUAAUAUGUUUGAAACUUUUGGCAAAAUAAUAUUUUUGAAUCUUUUGUUCUUGAUGUUAACAUUGCAUUUUUCGCAUAUAAAUUUUCCGAUAA